UCCACCACAAUCCGAGAGUUAAACCCUAUUAAGAGUUUACAGAAAAUAAAUUCACCAGCUGAAAGAAGACCUAUUCUAAGUUCAGAUGAAAAUAGUCCAGAGUCUUCUUCAGAUACAGAUCAAGAUGACAGCAUUGUGCCGCCAGAUGUAGAAGUAGAAAGAACCUUGUCACCAGGUGAAAUGUUACAAACUAGAGAAUUUUAUAUAUUAUGGUUUAUUUUAUUAUUAAAUGGCCAGGGUGUUCUUUUCAUAUCUACUUUAUACAAGGCGUAUGGUGUAACGUUUAUAAAUGAUGAUGUAUUUCUAGCUUUAGUAGGAUCUUUUGCUGCAGUAUUUAAUGCUCUAGGAAGAAUAAUGUGGGGAUAUUUAGCUGAUAAAACUUCCUUCAAGGUUGCAAUGGUGUUAUUAAAUGGAACAUUUACUAUUUUAAUAUUAACUCUAGGAUUAACAAAACUUGUUGGAAAAGGUUUAUUCUUUGUGUGGGUAUGCCUUAUAUUUUUAACCUUUUCUGGCAAUUUUUCUCUGAUGCCCACAGCUACCUCGAAGUGUUUUGGUCAAGCACAUUAUGUUAUUAAUUAUGGUCUAGUUUUUACAUCUCAGGUAGUGACAGGUCCUAUAGGUGCUAUAUUACCCUCCCAAUUACAGUCAAGUAUUGGAUGGUAUGGUUUGUUUUUUAUGGUUGCUAGCUUCUCAUUUAUGAGUUUGUUGCUGACUCUUUUGUUUAAAGUGAAAAAUUCGAAAGGAAAGGAUAUUUAAGUGUUCCAUAGUUUAAAUACGGUUAUCGUGUUGUCGAAUCAUUAUAUUUUUUUAUAUUUAUUUUGAAGUUACAAUACGAAUUUCUGUCUCUAUACAUUAUUGUAUUAUAUACUCCUAGGUGUAAUGCUUCUUGACAGAUAUCGGUAUUUUUUAAAAGGAUUUCAGUCAAGUUGGUUAAUAUUGUUUUUGUUACGGGACAUAGGUAAAAUAAGUGUUCCUGGGUUUCAAGACAGGAGUUACAGAAAGAACAAAGCGAAAUCCAUGUACUUAUAUAUCCUCUGUAUUCCCAGUGGUAUCGUUCUGUUCCACUACACUUACCCCUGGGUCCAUUCACGGGGGAGAAACACAUUGCUAAUUAUAUCGACCAGUCAAAACAUUCGACAGUCGGCGAAGGGAAGUAACUCGCAAUUUAUGGAAAUUAAGAUCGUUGUCGAACUUUGUCAAAAUAUUUUAGGACAUUGUUUUGUUUGCAUGUCACUUCUUUGACAUUAAAUUAUUGCAACCCGUUCUCAUAAUCGAGCGUAAACGCUGCUUGUGAUGAAUUUAAACAAUGGCGCUAAGACUGUUAAAUAAACUGCUUUUUGAUUGGUUCGUAGAUUUUAACUACGCGACCUAUGAAAUCAUCAUAUGGUCAAGGUAUAUAAUUUGAAUUCGUGAAAAUCUCCUGAAUGGAUCCAGGGGUUAGUGGAGUAGAAGGGAACGGUGUCAGUGGUUAUGCCGAGGUUGGUACUUAUAAUGAAAGUUACACAUUGUUGUGUUUGUGUUACAGCAUAUGGUUUUUGCUCGCUUAAACUAGUUAAACAUACAUUAUGCAAGAGCUAAAUCUGCCGAUUGCAGGUCUUUCAUUAGGCCUGAAUUGUUAUCUAAAUUAUUAAUUAGACAUUAAUUAACUAAUCCGGACCAUAAUCAACUCUCGAUGUCAACGCUAGCCACCGAUAUUUUUGGAUUAGGAUCCGAUUUGCUGUUCAACUUUCAUUCAUGAUUUAAUCAUGAAAUGGAUAAUCGAGACUAUGUUUUUAUCGUACCGACUUUAGUAAUGAUGAUGGAGUCUAGGCCGAAAAUUCAAUCGCUAAAAUCUCGGUUCAGAGUGUAUCAAUAUUUGACUGAAAUUUUCAGCAAAUCCCCUUUUCAUUAUCUAGUUGUUAACUAUUAUAGUGAGAACUGCCAGCUCUUUAUCUAAUCUUCCAUAAUGUAUCUUUAAAUAUUUUUUUCUGGUUUCUGUAUUAUUGAUAGUGGUAUUUAGAAUGGUUUCCAUCUGCUUUAUAGAUAUUUCUAUUAACUCAUCCGAAAUCGCCAUCAGUUUUAGGAAGUUAGCGUGUGCCUAUCUGCCGAACAUUAUAUGUGCCAAGUUUGUCUAUGUCUUUUGUUGGGACUAUUAAAAUGGGUACGUUGGUCAAUCUGUUUCUAGUUGUGCUAAACUGUUCAUGAGGUGAAUGUCUUGACAUAAUUAUAUCAAGGAUGAUUAUUCUCGGCUGUGGCUUAGCAGUGGCCCGUCACGCCCUUUAGAACACAAUAUAAAUCUGCUUCUAAUUGAUGUAGAAUGUUCAUGUUCGUUGAUAUUCAUCGCAGUGUUUCAUUUGAUUAGACCUAAUCUCACUCAAGCACUGCCGUACUGAAAGCAAAUUUCUGUUCCAUAUUAUGACUGGUUAAUAGUCCGAUUAACAACCCAUGCCUAACUGCGUAACAAUGUCUUUCGGGUUUAAACAGAGCUCCACAUUGUUUACAUAACGUUACGUCAUAACUCACGAAAUUUUUACCCACAAUUAACCAAUGCAUAGCAGGAUAUUGCAGAAAAACUAAUUGCGCGACAAACGAGACUAUCAACGGUUACAAUGUAAACAUUAUUUUCACCGUUUUUAAUACCUUGAAUCACUGUCCAAAGUUCUAGGGAACACCGCAGAUUAAACGAUGGGCUGUCAUGUUGCUGUACUUAGGAGAGAUAUGAUUGAACGGGUAGAAUAGACACAUACCCUCAAAAGCUCAACUAUCAUAAGUCAAUUCAGCAAUGACCAGAGACGGAUUUCUUGGGCAAUUGCUUCAGGAAUAUGAUGUUCGUUAUGUGAAUGUGAAUGUCUUGACGGAUAAAUAUUUUCUGCUUAGGCUGUGCAGAGAUAAGAAAUUUGUUGGCCGAGACUUUAGAACUCUGCUUCUAAUUACACCAGUUGACUAAUAUAAGUUCGAUAAUGAGAAUUUUCUACCCAGGUUGGUUAGGCUGAUAAACAAUUUGGUUGCUAGAUGUUUUAUAAAAAGAGAAAUGUACAAGAAUGAGUGUAAGUACUGUCAUCUAUUUGUUGUGGGAUUGCCUUGUUAAGUAAUAAUAAUACCAAGCUCUAUCAUUUCAUAUUAUAGCAUACAAACAUUCCAUUUUUGACGUUAUAAUUAUGAAUAAUUUAUUUAUAGAAUGUACAUAAUUUGUUAUCUAAAGCUAUUAGCUUGGAGUUUUAUUAAUGCUCUCUGAUCAGACUGAUGCAAUUUUUGUGUAGUCUCAUUUGUCCUAGUCUUAUGUGUAGAUUUAUUUGUGUAUCUAGUCGUAUAUAUAUUUUUUUAAAUAUUCGCCAAUCUGAUUAAAACACAGAUCCUAUUUUCUUUCGUUUUUUAUUGUGCAAAAUUUCGUUUUAUUUCUUUGUACUACACUAGGAUCUGUUGUUAUAUAACCUGCGUUCUGGAUGGCGUGAGGGUUUAGCAAAUGAAACCAUAUGUUGUUACGGCGACUGCUUGGCGUGCGAUGCACGGAACUGUGGGUAAACCACUAGAAACGUCAACGCUGAUUGAUCAAUCGAUGUCUUACGUCAUAGGGUCAAAAGUCGCUGAUACGACCCCUGACUUGACCUUCCAGUACAACGGGUCAGAUCUUCAUGUAGUGUAGGCCAUCGAAAGUAUAAAAAAACGAAACGAAAUAUAGAUCUGUAUUUUAAUCAGAUUGAAAUAUUCCUGCACAUAAUUUAUUUUGAUUGCCUUGUAGAUGGAUACUUAUAUCCAUAACUUAUGGAGAUUUUUACGGUAACUUAUUUAGAUAAAUGUGUAGAUAAUUUAUUUAGAUACAUGUGUAGAUAAUAUAUUUAGAUUAAUGUAGAUAAUUUAUUUAGAUAAAUUGUAGAGAAUUUAUGUAGAUAAAUAUGUAGAGAAUUUAUUUAGAUAAAUGUGUAGAUAAUUUAUUUAGAUAAACGUGUAGAUAAUUUGGUUAGUAUAGUGUGGAUAAUUCAGUUAGUUAUUUGUGUAGAUCAUUUAUUUAGUUAUUAUUUUGGAUAAUUUAUUUGUGAAUCAUUUAUUUAAUUAUUUAUGUACAUAAUUUUUUCAGUUAUUUAUCAAAAAAAAAAUCAACAUCUUA